GCUUAACCUUCUAAUUCUGUAGGCAACUUUCUACGGAGUCAAUCUUGACACUCUGCUAGGUCUAUCACUCUUCCUUGUACACUACAACCGCUCACAGUAGCCCCUCUGUUUAGAUCAGAAACCCAAGAAUCUUAACGUGUGUGCGCCUUCCUUGUUUCUCAUACUUCUCAGAAAUCAGAGCUUCACAAUGUCACCAGAUCGUUCAACUUUACAGCAAACCUUCCAUACCACCAGAUGGAACAGCGAGUUACAAAAACACCUUGCUGGGGAUAUUGCUGCCGGUGUAAUAUCCGCUACAUUCAUCUCCCCAAUUGUUACGAUCAUUGACCGGACGAUUGUUGAAAGACUCGCAUUGAACCGACCACUAUUGCGAACACUGGGCAUCAACGCAGUCUGCUCCAUCUUUCAACCUCGAAAAUUCUACGUCUCAAAGCCGUUCUUCAUUGUCUGGUCACUAUACGCAGCUACCUAUUGCACCGCAAAUAUCACGGAUACCUGCAUCCACCAUCUUCCCUCCCUCACCGACAAGAAAUCGACGGCGAAUCUCGCCGCGACGCUAAGCUUCUUGCCCACAUAUGUCGUGAAUGUAUAUCUGGGGAUCAUGAAGGAUGUCAACUUUGCUCAGUAUUAUGGUCGUUCGAGUACCGCCGUUGCAGUCGGUGCUCGCGUCCCACGAGCAGCAUAUAUGUCCCUGUUGUUCCGGGACAGUGUCACCAUCUUCAGCUCAUUCAACCUGGCGCCAUGGAUGGCCUCAUCCGUCCCGGAUUGGGUUGCGACCGGGCCGCACACCAAGGCCAUGAUCACUCAGCUAGUUCUGCCUGCUGCCGUUCAGUUUGCCAACACUCCACUACACCUCUUCGGGUUGGACCUGAUCGCCCGACCCCAGAGCCAAGGAUUGGUGGAGAGGUGGAGUCGGGUCCGACGGGAUUGGGCUUCUUCAUCAACCGUCAGGGCUGCCAGGGUCCUGCCGGCCUUUGGAGUAGGCUGCAUAAUGAAUACCGAGCUACGAGACCUGGUGCACCACAGUUAGCCAUAAUAGAUACCGCGUUCAGCCAAAUACAGGGAAACUACGCUUGAUAGACAUGUCCGAAAUCGCUAAAUAAAGGCCAUGUAGUGGCAAAAAGCCCAAGGAUGUACGAAUCCUGACCACUCGAUAAAUAUCUGUCCUGAGCAGCUUCAUUGAACGGCGGCUACGCUAGCCGUCGCUGGGUCCCUACAGCAAGGGAACUGGAACCUCCUCAUCCUCCGAAUUGAGGAAAGUGCGGGGAAAUC